AUGGAACCAGACCAAAAGAAGCCACGUUUUCUCCUAAAGAAAACGGAAAAUGAACUCAAUGAACUUCUCGAGAACAAAGAAUCUUCGAACACAAAGAAAGCAACAAAAUCCGCAGCAAACGUUUUCAGAAACUACUGCACUGAACGUGGAAAAGAGUCAAAUUUCGAGAGCUUUUCAACCGAAGAACUCGCCAAUACUUUAAAAUAUUUUUACGCCGAAGCUACGAAAAAAGAUGGCGAGUUCUACAAAAAGUCUUCUUUGAACUGUAUUCGUGAGGGUCUUGCCAGAUAUCUUAAAAAAGAACGAAAGAUUAACAUCAUUGAAGAGCCGGAAUUUGAUUCUGCGAACGAAGUUUUUCGUGCUCAGCUGGUUGAGUUAAAAAGGCAGGGGAAAGGAGGGACUGAACAUAAAGAGCCAGUUGAAGAAAAGGAUCUAAAAAAACUUUACAGUAAUUGUGAUGUAUUAACACCGAAAGGACUUCAACAAAAAGUCUGGUUAGAUAUCAUGAUUUACCUUAUUCGUCGUGGGAGAGAAAAUCUACGCCAAAUGACAAAAACAACUUUCGCUGUUAAAGUUGAUGCAGCCGGCAAUCGUUAUGUUACACAAACUGUGGACGAAAUGGACAAAAAUCAUCGUGAAAAUUGUGAUAGAAAUGCUACAAUUGGCGAAGGAAGGAUGUAUGAAAACCCUCAAUCUAUUCACUGUCCUGUUAAAACUUUUGAAAUGUACACUUCGAAACUUCAUCCUGACCUUGACGCCCUUUGGCAAAGACCGCGCGAAGGUCACUUGACCGAGAACGACACAAUAUGGUAUUGCAACAGUCCUGUCGGCGAAAAAAAGCUUGGAAACAUGAUGAAGGAUAUGUCAGCUGAGUACAAGCUAAGUAAACUCUAUACUAAUCAUUGUAUCAGGUCUACUGCCAUUCAAAUUUUAAACUUGGCCGGCUAUAAUGACCGAGAAAUAAUGAAAAUAAGCGGCCACAAAAGUGUAACAAGUUUACAAAGUUAUCAUGAUCGGAUUACUGAGAAAUGUCAACAAAGUAUCUCUCAAACCAUUAGCAAUGCCGUAACUAAAGUCGGAGCACAAGAAGCUACAACACCUAUAGAUAAGAGCAUGGAACACGUCAAUAAAUCGCCAAUUUCUCCAGUCUCGUCGGUUUUCCUGAGGUCUCCGCCAGGAAGCCCGUUAACAUUGAACAUUCAACAAUCUACAACAACGUCAACAAAUCAAUCAAAUUCGUUUCCAUUUAGCUUUAAGCCUGGACAAAUGACAUUUCAGAACAGUAAUGUUACUUUUAAUUUUCAGCAUCGUUAG